UACAGUCACUCUUCCACACUAUUUAAUUCUUUUUAUUUCUCUAAUGGAGCUGCACCCUGACCUAAUUUCAAAGGUUUUUUUGCACAGAUAUCAUCACGCCUGAACUUUAAAUGCCUAGCUGCUUUUUGUCACUGUAAAAGAAAAGUGUACAUUCUGAAAAACUACUUAUGUCAGAGAGAUACUGUUCUUAACUGUACUUUCCAGAUUCAAUUAUCAGCCUUUUCAUUGCAGCAGUAGAGAUAAAAAGGACAUCAGACAGAAAAAUUUCCUCUCUGCAAAGGAAGGUGCCUGCAGCUUGCAUAGCUCUGAACAUUCAUUCAAGAAAUAACGGCAUAAAUGCAAAAUUCAACAUGUCAUCUUCAGCCAUCGUUAGCUACUUCUGUAGCUCUACCAGUCAUCUACUCUUUGCUAUUCCCUGCAGGAAGUUUUGGAAAUAUUCUUGCUGCCUGGAUAUUUUUAAAGCAAGCACCCACAAAAAGAACACAGUACAUCUACCUGGGAAACCUUGUCGCUGCAAAUUUAUGUGUAUGUAGCACAAUGCCUUUUCUGGCUGUCUAUUUUGCAAGAGGGUACCAAUGGACUUAUGUCUCCACAGAAUGCAAAAUAACAAAUCACCUUGGGACUCUCAACAUGCACGUCAGUAUGUAUGUUACGAUUAUAAUUUUAUGUUCAACUGCUAUAAAUCAGUAUGCAACACUGAAGAAAACCAGUGACACACAAUACUCUCAAGCAAUCAAUGAAAAUUUUUACAGAUGUGUACUUAAAAAGUUUCGUCAGCCGAAAUUUGCUAAACAGUUGUCUACCAUUAUAUGGCUUACUGUGCUUUGCAUAACGGUAAUAGCUAUUAUAUAUAAUGCCAAGGAAGAGAUUGAGAAAGACUCCAAGUGCUACAGCAUCGGAGCAGAAGCUAAUGAAACUACUGCAGGGAUUGCAGCUUUUGUUGGCACUGCAUGCUUUUUUCUAUCUUUUACGACAGUUUUGUUGUCAUACUAUUGUCUUACCAAACAUCUGAGUAAAAUACAAAAAACCACCUGUAUUGGAGAAAAACAUCUCAUUUACAGUACAGUGAAAAGAAACAUUCUUGUCAUCCAGAUGAUAUUAACUGUCUGCUUUCUUCCAUAUCAUAUUUUUAGGCCAAUUUUUUAUGUACUGCUUACAGAUAGAUACUGCCUGAGGUUAAACUAUCUAGUGGAAAUAAAAAACUUCCUUACUUGUCUUGCCGCUGCAAAGAGUAGUUUAGAUCCAAUUAUAAUCCUUAUGCUAGAUAAAACAUUUAAGAAAAGUCUGUAUGGCCUGUUUACAAAAUCCACACCAGAAAACCACCAAUGCAAAGCUGAUAUUUUCACUGAAGAGACUUCAAAAAUGUGAAGGAAUACGGAAAGAUUUUAGCACAAUAUAAGUAACAGAAAACUCAUUUUAACUACCUAUAACAAGACUUCGAUAUGAAAUGGUAAAUGUUUAAAUAAAAUUAUAACAUAUUACUUGUAUAUUUUUUUUCAAAUUGCUUUGCUUGCUACAUCAACAUUAGCCAUAAUAAAUCCAAUGUGUAUAUCCAAAUGAAUCCAACCAAUUUAUACAGUGAACUGU